CCUCCUCUCCUAAUUCCCCACUCCCAUUAUUCCAGGCCAAGCCAUGACCGUUUAUCUCCUGCUCCCACCCACUCCCCCCAGCAGCCCUCGAGUCGACCUGCUGACCAGAGCUCUGCCCAGCAGGAGCUGCAGGGCAAACCAAGCUGAGCCAUUCCCACUGCGCCAAGCUGAGCUGGUUGCUCGUCAUUCAGACCGCGGAAUAGGACGUCCCCAAGCAGUCGAGUAACAGCAACAGCAUAGCAAUUCAGGACAAUUUAUAGAGAGUCCGCCUGGUAGCUUACUGCGGGUUCUCCUGCCUCCUGUCAGCACGGCGGCCCUGUUACCUCGCAUAGAGCGACGUGGAGACGCCGCGUCUUUCACGCUUUGCAGGCCAUAGGUCAAUUCGAAAGUACGAGGGGUUUUUUCUACUUAGGUCUGAUUUGCCGGCCAUAGGCUGCAGAGCUACAGUGCUGGAUGGGGGUCAUGGCGGCUCCUAGGAUUCACAUCCACGCGUCGCCACCUGAUUCGCCGCUCGACCUUUCAAGCCUCUCCUUCGCGCUACCCAGCCCAAAGCCGAAGCUGGAAGAGCCACAGCUGAUAGCACUCUCACUCUCUCCGUCCCCCCCUCUGCUGCCGGCGCCGGCUGCGGCGGCGGCGGGCGCGGCGCCUCAGGGCGUCGUAGCCCUGACGGGAGGUUGCGGGCAGAGGUCUUUAAAGCAGUCGCUGUGCGCCGCGGUGCUGCGGCUCGUGCAGGAGGGCGUGGAGCGGGACGGCUACGGCAAGCUCGCUGUCGAGGCGCUGGCGCGGCACUUCGCGUCGCUCCCCUCGCGGUACGCUUUAAGCGUCGACCCGCACCGCCAUGAUGACGUCAUGCUGCACAUGCGACUAGUCAACGAGGUGCGCGACACGAACCAAUCGGACCGCGACCACGGACCAAUGGCGUGCGUGCGACGCGUGUGGCUGGGAGCCGCCCAUCUCCCGUCCAAUCCCAGCACGCCAACACCACGCGCCGCUGCCGCCGCUGCCGAUAGAGACAGUUCCGGGCAGUCGGAGUCAGAAGGGGCAAAAUCAGAAGUACCCUAUCAUUUAAAGCAGCAGCGACGGAGUAGCCAGCCCCGUCGCAUUCCGAAGCCUAUUUUUGGCUCCUCCGCCGCUCUCUCGCUGCUCUAUGUCUGUAGCCCUACGGAGGGCGCUAAAACCGCUGCAAGAGCCGCAGGCGGAAACCCAGGGUCGAACGGCGGCUCUGGUAACCCGGUUACGAGGCAGCUAUCAGGAAGCGGGCGGGCAGGUGGCCAAUUUUCAUUGGCUGCAUGCGUCAGCGCGAGCAGCGGGGGCGGGAUGCGCGGCGAAAGGGGGGUACCGGCGCCCGUGCCAAUCCCCAGACGAAAUUCGGGGGCUCAGCUUUUAAUCGGUUCAAGGGGUUCCGCCUCCAGCCUCGAGGGGAGGAGCGCGGAGCGGGGAGUAGGAUGCGCGCUUGGGGAGGCGGAGGGGGAGGGCGCGCGGGGAAAUGGACGGCAGGGGCAGUAUAGGGGGGAGGCGGCGGGACCGUUCGACGAGAUUGGGGGAAGAAGCGCGGAGUCGGGAAGUUUCGGGGGAGGCAUAGGGUCGUUGGGGUCGUAUGACCAAACGAGAAGCGCGGGUUCGAGUCUCCACGGCGACGCUUUAGACGGGAGCGAGGACGGCGCAGCAGGAGGGGAAGGAGGGGAGGGGAGAGAGAGGGGAGGGUACGGGUGGGAGGUGACGGUGGCGGCACCUGAUAGGCCGGGGCUGCUGACGUGUUUCACGAGCGCGCUGGGGAAUGCGGGGCUGGAGUGGAACAUCAGAGAGGCGCACGUCUUCAGCAGUAGCGACGGCGUGGCGCUGCAGGUGUUCGUGGUGGCGCCCGAUGGCGACCACCCCUUGCACGACGAUACGGUGGAGCUGCAGGAGGCGGUGCAGGACCUGCUGCGCGCCAAGUGGAAGGAGCACGUGGCAGGGGCGGCACGCACAGCGGAGCAGCUGCAGCUGAGCAACCUGAAGGCGGUGGUGGAGGCGCUGGCGUAUGAGGACUGGGCCGUGGACUACAGCGAUCUCGUCUUGGGCGAGAAGCUAGGAGGGGGCGCGUCGGGGCGGCUGCACCGGGGGACGUACCGCGGGCAGGAGGUGGCCGUGAAGGUGCUGCAGCUGGCGCCAGACGCAGGGAGAACGGAGGGGGAGGGGGGAGCUGGGGGGGGCGGUACCUGUGGCGGUGGGGGUGGGGAGGGAGGGGGCAUGGGGGGGACGGUGUGUGGAACGGUGAGGAAUGCAACGGCGAUGGAGCUGCUGCAGUGCUUCAAGCAGGAGGUCGGAAUCAUGAGGAUGGUUCGCCAUAAGAAUUUGGUGCAAUUCAUUGGAGCUUGCUCCCACUGGCCACGCCUAUUCAUAGUCACCGAGCUGAUGGCCAAGGGCAGCGUGCGGGACGUCCUAGACCGGCGCACUGCCACGCUCUCCCUCCCAGUGCGCCUCAAGAUCCUCCGAGACGCGGCCAGAGGGCUCGACUUCCUGCACCGGCGGGGUGUGGUGCAUCGCGACUUGAAGGCUGCUAACCUGCUCAUUGAUGAAAAUGAUGUUGUGAAGCUGUGUGACUUCGGUGUGGCCCGCAUGCUGCCGUCCCGGCAGCACGGGGCGCAGCUGAGAGGCGGACCGGAGCCCACGGGGCAGGCGGACAUGACAGCGGAGACGGGCACGUACCGGUGGAUGGCGCCUGAGGUGAUGGAGCACCGGGGGUACGACCAGCGGGCUGAUAUUUUCUCCUUCGCCAUCACCAUGUGGGAGGUGUUGACUGGCGAGCUUCCCUACUCGGGUCUCACACCGCUUCAGGCAGCCAUCGGUGUGCUCCAGCGGAACCUGCGGCCGCCCAUCCCACCCACGCUGCCUCCUCGCAUCGCCACCACCAUGGCGCGCUGCUGGGCGUACGACCCUGCUGACCGGCCCGACUUCUCCGAGGUGGUCUCUGUACUAGAGGCGUCCAUCAAGGGCGUGUCGCCCGCUGCCCUCUGCUUGGUCCCUGAAGCCGCUGCUGCUCCUGCUGCUGCUGGGGGAGGAACGGGGGCCGGGGGAGGAGCAGGGGCAGGGGGUGGGGGAGGAGCAGGGGGAGGGGGAGUGGCACGGGUGCGUGAAGCAGCAGCAGCAGGGGGAGGGGGCGGGAGCUCCUCGGCUCUUGGCAGUUUGUUCCGGCGGUCCAUUUUUGGGGCAGUCAAGAAGCACUGAGGAGGGGCAGUGAGGGCAGGUGCAAAAGUGCAUACCGUGUUAGAGAGUCACAGCAGCGCGAGUAGAAGCAGGAGCAGCACCAGAACUGGGGGGAGCAGCAGCCGAGCAACUCACUCACCAGCAGUGACGUUCCAUGAGGAGGUCCUUCUGGCGUGUCUGGUUUUCACUGGGUCGGUCCGUCCGCCAGCUUUAGAUGCCCUUGCCUUCGCACAAGGCCAGUUUACAGCAAAACUGCUUUGUGCAUACAGAGUUGGAUUGAUACAGUAAGUGCACUUUAUGUGCAUUGUAGCGGUUGAGACAGGCUGUUCACAUGUCUGAUGAUGAUGCCAGAAAUAGAAGGUACAGUCAGAA